CAGAGGACCUCAUCUGUGCUGCAAGUGACAGAUCACAGCUCGAACACGCCCUGUCUUCAGGCAAUUACUCUGAAGCCCUGUGCAAUUUUACCAUCACUGAGCAUGCCUGUUCCUCGGCUGCACAUCUUACACCCAGCAACUUGGCCACACUGCUGAAAUGCUCACUGGAAAGCCAAAGGACAUACCCGGUAGAGGUCUGGAAGCUUUUCUUCCAAAAAGCUUCCACUGACCUAGACCAGGCUCUUGCGACAUUGGCCACCAUGGCCCCCAACAACAGCAGCCCAUCCUUGUCAAAUGCUCUUGAGGCCCUUGGAGAGGUGAGAAUUGCCAACUUCAGCCAGGCGCAGCUGCAGAGUGAUGGCUUUGUCAGCGACUGGUUCGGGACAAAGAUUCGUCCGUUUUUGGCCUCUCCAUCCCCCAACUUCCUGUUCUGCCUUACCACCAAGAACUUCAGCUGCCAUACGUACCAGACUGUCAUCCAGGCAUUCAGCAGCCAAAGGCCAUCCAUGGACAGAGAAAGACAGCAAGCAGUCUUCACUCAUUUCAUCAAACCAUUCCUUUCAAGAAAUGACUCAUCAGAUCCUGGCUGUGUCUCAUUGAUCAGAGGUAGUAAAGAGUGGCUAGAGGGAAACUUCGGCAACUUCUCGGAAUUUGCAACCCUGCAGGAUUUGCAAGCCCUCAAUCCCAACUUCUCCAGUGCCGCAGCGUUGUCAGUGCUCACUCCUACUCAGGUGGCACAGCUGACACUGAGCUCAGGUGCCGCGAAUGACACAGACCAAAUUGACCGUGUGUUUGAGCGACUUGAGGAGGGCAAUGCUCUGGAAAAUGUGGAUGAAUUCCUGACACAGCUGACAGCAGAUGGAGAGGUCCCUGAUUUCCAACCUGUUGUGAGAGAUCGCAUGAUGAAUAGGACCUUUACCAUCGUCAGUCCCCAUUUCCCGAGCUUCACGGAUCGCGACUGGUUUGUUUGGUUCCACCUGAAACUGGUUGCUAUCCUGCCAAGUUUCAAUCCAGAGAUGCUCAAGAAUGCAACUUCAAACAUUAACUGCACAAACUACCAUGUCGUCGUGAGGGGGAUGGCCAAAGCAUUCCCUGCAAUGAAGUCGGGUCGACGAGAAGGAAUCGCAGAGGUUCUACUGGGCUACCUGAGAAAAUCUGCCAGUGUCAUCAACAAGCCAGUUUGCAGGCAAGGAAUUCAGAGUGAUGCCGAAUGGCUUGAAGCAAACUUCGGCCCAUUUUUCCAAUACAUAACAUACUCUGACCUCAAAGUCUUCAACCUGUCUGAAGUGACAGUGCUAGACUCUCUUUCUCCAAGUCAAAAAGCUGAAUUGCUUCUUGAACCAAAUAACUUGUCAAAUGAAACCCUUGCAAGACUUGCGUUCACAGAACUAAGUGUGUCAUCCCGUGUGGAAGACCUUGGUUCUUUCUUUGACACAUUUGUUAGUGGUGCUGCAGAGCAAAACUUGACAACCCUUGACCCAAGAGUCCGUGAUACCAUCCUGAAUCUGACACUAAUGGCACUUGGACCAAAACUAUCAAUGCUAGAUGCUGAGGGAUUCAGGUUAUGGUUCCAGGUCUACCUACAUCUGUUCCUUCCAGGCACUAAGUCAAGCACACUUGAAAUUAUUCCAAGAAACAUCAGCUGUGACUCCUAUCAAGAGAUUGUGAAGGGGUUCGACAAUGUUUUCACUCAUCUCUCCGUGAGGCAGACCCAGCAGGUUUUCACCUUCACAAUGGACUAUCUGAGGAGACAAUCCUCCUUAGGUCUCUCUUGUGUUGAAUCUGUAAAUGAUGACAAACACUGGCUGGAAGACAACUUUGGUCGGUUCCGUGAGCAUGCCUCCUACAGAGAUUUCGUGACCUUGAAGAACAAUUUCAAUGGAGUGGAGGUUGCAGAUCUUCUCACUUUCAGUCAGCUGGCCCAACUUGCAGCAACUCCCUCACAGCUAAAAAGGAUGCAGGAUGUGACCAAGAUAAUGGCAGUCAUCAACCCUGUUGACUUUGGUGCUUUCUUUGAUACAGUCUCACCAGCCAUUGAGAUCCACCCAGCCAACUACACAGAGGAGGUGAAAUCUGCCCUCCUCCAGGAAGUGUUUGACAGAGGAAAUCUGUCCUCUCCAGCUAUCAAUGACACAGAGUUCCUGCUGUGGCUCAGGGUUCGACUGAGACCUCUCCUGGUUAACCUCUCUCCCAGCCUAGUGACACCUUUGUUUGACAUCGGGAAGAACAGGAAUUGUAACAGUAGCCAAGAGAUGAUUACGUUGUUGGACAAGCUACACUUAACACUCAGCAAUGAUACCCAAAGGAAGAUCUACCAAAGCACCCUUCUCUUCCUUCAAGGUCCAAACCCCCUCAAGUGUUACAGUGGUGGAAGCUUCUACAUCUACCUGAGGAAUACUUUCCUCAGCUUUGGCUUUCCAGAUUUGUCCACGUUCACUUCUCUUCUGCCACAGACACACGAGUCAGAGCUCUUAAGUACCAUCAGCACCUCAGAGCUUCGCCAGUUCCUCAGUCAACCCAAUGUGAUUGGGAACAACUCUGACAUCUGUGUCAUCUUCAACAACUACAACAACACUCCUGUCUUCCUAGCAACUGAGGAUGUUCCAGAUGAUGUGAAGAUGGCAACCCUCCCCUGUGUCUGGCCCUUGGUACUGAGCAGCAACAGCAGAUCAGAGGUUAAUUCCUGGUUUGACCUACGGUUGAGGAACUAUCUCAGAUUCCUCAGCAAGAGCCUCAUCAGCUCCAGUGAAGUGCAGAAUGCUUCAUGUCUUGCCUUCCAGAAACUGGUCUCUGUAAUGGGAAAUAACUUCACAUACAAUGGCACUGAGUUUGGACAGGCUGAUGUAUACACCACCAUCAGAGCCUACUUGAGAACUGACUCUGGAGCCAGAUGCUACAAUGCCAGUGAUGCAGAACUCAAUUCUACCGCCUGGUUUGUCAUUAACAUCGGCAGCUUUGUGACAUUUAUCACUCUGGAUGAUCUCACCUCCUUCGUCUCCACCAGUCAAAUUGGAGUGUUUUUGUUGGAUCAAGCCAACCUGGAGCUCUUUAACAACACAGCAAUCCCAGAAAAUGUAACCAACUACUACAUCUCACAGCUUUUUGAAUUCAGCCCAAACUUCAAUCCAGUGAAGCUUCCAGGCUUUUUCCUGUGCUCUCCUGAGGUCCCAUCUGUAGCAUAUUCUUCUUUAAAUGAAGGUGAUACCAUCUUCAUCUUAAAUAAGCUGAAGAAGUUCUGCAAUGGAACAGAGGACGCUGAGGUAUCUGCUGCUCUAGCAUCCAACAUCCAGACCAUCACAGCAGACACAUUUGCUACCCUGGGCAGUGCCAGUGCAGGCCUGACCAUCAGCCAGAUCACUUCAAUUUCCCCGUCAGUGCUGAUUUCCUCUUUGUCCACCCUGAGCACAGUCAGCACCUGGAACCAGGAGCAGGCCGCCACUAUCAUCCAAAUCAUGACUGCCUCAGGCUACCAGAUCAACAGUGCAGCCUCCCUGGAAUCCCUCAGCACACUUGUUGCUGGAGUUUCUUCAGAGUCAAUGGAAAAUAUCCCAGCUUCUGAGCUACUCACUGCCUCCAAGAGCAGCACCUUUGUUGCUAACGUAAUGGCAGCCCCAGCAGUUGUCCAACAGACCUUCAUCAACAAGAUCAUUUCUGUGGACCCAAGUCCAGCCAAAGUGGCAAUGAAUGUCCCUGAUGCAAUGGCAACUAACAUCCCAAUGUCCCUGCUGACAUUCUCUGAGGAGACUGUGGACAUCAGUGUGAUGAAUAAAAAGAAAUGGACUAGAGAUCAGGCCGCCAUGUUUUUCGGGUUUCUGGAUAAAACAAGCUUUGACAUCGAGCAGCUUUCUCCUUCUGUGCUGCAAGGAUUCACGUGCACGUCAGUCCAGAGAAUGACAAGAACAAGGAUCCAGGGGCUGAUCCGUGCCUGUAGGCCAAGGAGAGGCAGGGCUAAGGUGGAGCUGAAGGAAUCACAGCUGACAUGCAUGUACAACCUGCUCAGUGAAAACCUCUCCCAGAACUUCACAGAUUAUCCCUCAGACAUGCUUCUCUACUUCAACAACAAAGAUGUCAAGAAAGCCAACUGCAGGUCCUACCUUUCCAACGUGGGUGCUGCAGACUUCUCUGUGGCCUCCAGCAUUCUGAAAAAGGACUCCUUGCUAUUCAGUGAAGCCAGGACCUGCUUGGGUAUAAAUGGUGUGAACCUGAACAGAGAUAACGUGGAAGUGCUGGGGAGCAUGGCCUGUACUCUGGACAGCUCUUACAUCCAGAACGCUGAUCCUCUCAUUCUGGAAAAACUCAAAGCCUGCAAGGACUUUUCUGACAGCCAGGUGGCUGCCAUGGAGUCACUACUGCUGUCUGGGAAAACACAAUACGGGAAUGUUGCCACCUGGAACCAGCAAACACUGGAAAACCUUGGGAUCCUACCUCUGUAUUUCACAACAAACAUCUGGGGGCAGUUCAGAACUAAAACAAAGAGAAGGUUCCUUAAGACCUUUAUGACCCGACUGAGGAAAUCAAAGACAAAGAAGACGAAGCUCAAGGUGCUGUUUAGACAGAUCAGCGAUCUCAGAAUAAAACGAGGAGCAGGCUGCACUGUAGGCAACAUCACCCAGGUGACAGUGAACGACGGUUCCUUCCCCUUCGGCUACGACCAGACGCAAUUUGACCUCUGCCUAGACAUCCCUGUUCUGAAUGACAACCUCAACUCUAUCUGUGAGAAAGUGGAUGACGAUGACUUUCAGAAAAUAAUUCUAAAGAAACUCAACCAGGCAUUCCCACUGGGUGUUUCUGAAAAAGAAGUUCAGGUUCUCAGUUCAGUGUCUCGUGUGGCGUCACUCGAUGACAUCUCCAAGUGGAGCAUCACCAAAAUUGAGACCCUGGCAGCACUGAUGAAUGCUGAUGAUGGACCAUGGGAGGCAGAAAAGAGUAAAGCAAUCAUCACCAAGUAUCUGAAUACUCCUGGGAACUCUCUGGGCAGCACUGAGCUGAACAGUAUUGACUCCAACCUGUGCUCAUUAGACACCAGUACACUGAAGACCAUCACACCAGACAGUAUGAGAAAUGCCAAACCUUUGGAUGUGGCAUCAUGUUCAUCUGAGCAGAAGAGAGUCCUGUAUGAGAUCAGUAACACUUCCUUCAGCUCACAACGUAGCAGUGCCACCAACUAUUACAAUUUAAUUAAGACCUAUCUAGGUGGGGCACCUCGGUCAGAUGUAGUAGCACUGUCAACCCAGAACAUCAACAUGGAUGUAGGCACUUUGCGGAGUCUGGAUCCUGACGUCAUCGCUAGUUUGACUGUGACCGAUGUGAAAAACCUCAUGGGUAACCAGCUACAAGAUCUGAAGGUGUUUGAGAACGAUACCGUGAUUCAGGCCUGGAGGAACAGGCAGCUUCAGUCAGACCUGGACCUCCUCAAUCUGGGCCUAACCACCAACAGAACUGACCCAGUCACUACAUCACCCAGCCCCAACAACAACAGCCCUGCAAAACCAACACAGGGAAACCCUAGCGGUUCAAGUGCAACCCUGACCAGUACAGUGACAACACAAGGAAACCCUAGCGGUUCAAGUGCAACCCUGACCAGUACAGUGACAACACAAGGAAACCCUAGCGGUUCAAGUGCAACCCUGACCAGUACAGUGACAACACAAGCUACUACCACAAGUGGGGGAGCAGAGCUUGUAGGACACCCAGCAUCCAUAUUUCUGGCUGCUCUGCUGACAACUGUGCUGCAAAUAAUGCACCAACCAGCCUAAACACAUUUGUGACUUUAGCGAUCUAAUCAAUCAUGAGUAAUUUCUCACAUCUUGAGAGUGAGAUUUCUUAAUAUUAUUGUUAAUGCUAUUUAAUCACUUUGCUUAAUUUCAACUGCUUAAUUUCUGCUUUACGCUGUCUCUUCAUGUUGUGAAACUGUUACUGAACAAUCAUUUAAAAUAAUAUAUUUUAAGUGCUGAUUUGGGAUUUAAUCUGGGAUUGAAAGUAAUUAAUAACAUUUAUGUUUAAUCAUUAGGAGCAAAAGAAUAUAGUAUAUGAAAUAUAAAUAUAAUAAUUCCUCAAAUGUAUUGUAUCAUCUAUUAUCAUAAUUUACAUUGUAUUGCUAAUUUCUUAAAUUAAUAAAUGCAUACUAAUAAAUA